CCUGAAAACAUAUUAUUAGAUGAUACAUUUAAUAUAAAGUUGACUGAUUUUGGUUUUGCGCAAGUUAUAACACCAGAUGAAAAAUUGUUUGAACUAUGUGGCACACCUGGCUACUUAGCUCCUGAAUUGCUAAAGUCUUCUAUGUAUGAAAAUGCUGAUGGCUAUGGAAAAGAAAUUGAUAUAUGGGCAUGUGGUGUUAUAAUGUAUACACUCCUUGUAGGAUUUCCACCAUUCUGGCACCGUAAGCAAAUGAUUAUGCUAAGAAAUAUAAUGGAUGGCAAAUAUGAAUUCUGUAGCCCAGAGUGGGAUGAUAUCACUGAAUUACCCAAAGAUUUGAUAAGAAAACUUCUAGUUGUUGACCCCAAGAAAAGACUUACUGCCAGUCAAGCACUGCAUCAUGAUUUCUUCAAAAUUGUUGCUGCAAAAGGAAGAGUCUUUAAUGCUAGGAAAACAUUUCAAUUCGGUAUUCUUUGUGUGAGAGCUAUGAUACGAUUAAAAAGAUUGAAGUAUACACCUGAACCUUUAUCAAUCGAUAUUGCUAAAAUGGACCCAUAUCGUGUAAAAACUCUAAGAAAGGUUAUAGAUGGUUGUGCAUUUAGAGUUUAUUGCCAUUGGGUUAAAAAAGGUGAAAUGCAAAACAGAGCAGCUCUCUUUGAGAACAGACCACGUACUGAAAUGAAGAAUCUUUACAAUGAAGCCUUAAAACAUGUAACAGAAUAUUCUUAGAGCAAAAUAUUUUAUGUUAAAUUUUCAUAAUUGUAAAAACCUUAUUCAUCCAUUUGUUCUGAAUUUUUUAUCCAUCAAACUUUUAGAAAGGUGUGUUUAAUAAUGUUGUUUUUUAAAAUGUCAAAAUUAUGUAGCUCUUUUGCUUAAAGUAUUUAAAUUUAUUUGAAAUUUAUUUAUGUUAUUUAAAUUUUUUGACUUCUAGCCAGUAUGCUAUGAAAAGCAAUAUUUAUACUUUGUAUAUAAAAGAAUAGUUGUUUAUAUUGUAAAUAAAUGUUUUUCAUGUAGAAUUGCACAAAAAUGCAACAUGUAAAAAUGUUAAGCUUAUGUAUUUUCGUCAGAAAUGUUCUCAUUUUUCAUUAAUAAUUUAUUUUCAUCCCCAGACUGAAGAUUUUAUACUAUAAAAUAUCCUCACCAUUAAUGGUCAUAUUUUAAAAUAUGCAAUGGUAAAAUCAGCCAAAGUAUAAUUAAGA